GCCCGGGCUGGCGCCGCAGGUGCGUCUCCUCCGAGUCCCACGCCACUCCUGGAAAGCGACCCUGGGGUCCCCGCAGGCCUGGGACGCCGAGGCUCCGCUGCAGGCCGGGGACAGGUGGCACCCGGAGAGCUGCCCGUGGCAGGUUUGCGCCGGGUGGAAGGCGGGGUGGAGAGGGCACGGGAUGAGCGCACCCAGGGGAAAAAGCUGACCCAGAGCUCUUUUUCAGGAAGCAGCUUCCCACAAAACGGCAAAAAUAAUGAGAUGAGACAUCUGAACGUUUAUCUCUGGAUGGGAAUAUCCUGGUGACAAAGGCAUUUAAUAUUAAUCCUAGCCAUGUGGUGAAGUUGGGAGUGUGAAGAAGAUGGAAAUGUCCCCAUUUCUGUGGCUGUGCCUCUUCCUGCCUUCUGUAAGGGGGCACAGCCUCUUCACCUGUGAACCAAUCACUGUCCCCAGAUGCAUGAAAAUGACCUACAACAUGACAUUCUUCCCAAACCUCAUGCACCAUUAUGACCAGGGCAUUGCUGCUGUGGAGAUGGAGCACUUUCUGCCUGUUGCAAAUCUGAAAUGUUCACCAAAUGUUGAAAUAUUCCUUUGCCAAGCUUUCGUACCAACCUGCACAGAGCAGAUUCAAGUGGUCCCACCUUGUCGUAAAUUAUGUGAGGAAGUGUAUUCUGACUGCAGAACCUUAAUGGAUACUUUUGGGAUCCGGUGGCCUGAAGAACUUGAAUGUAACAGAUUGCCACACUGUGAUGACACUGUUCCUGUAACUCCUGAUCCACACACAGAGCUCUUUGGUCCUCAGAGGAAAACAGAACAAGUCCCAAGAGACAUUGGCUUUUGGUGUCCAAAGCAUCUUAAGGCUUCAGGAGAGCAAGGCUAUAAAUUUCUGGGCAUUGACCACUGUGCCCCUCCAUGCCCCAACAUGUAUUUUAAAACUGAUGAGCUAGACUUUGCCAAAAGUUUCAUAGGGAUAGUUUCAAUAUUUUGUCUUUGUGCAACUCUGUUCACAUUUCUUACCUUUUUAAUUGAUGUUAGAAGAUUCAGGUACCCAGAGAGACCAAUUAUAUACUACUCUGUCUGUUACAGCAUUGUUUCUCUCAUGUACUUUGUUGGGUUUCUGCUGGGCAAUAGCACAGCUUGCAAUAAGGCAGACGAGAAGCUGGAGCUCGGGGACACGGUCGUUCUGGGAUCAAAGAACAAGGCUUGCAGCGUGGUAUUUAUGUUUUUGUAUUUUUUCACAAUGGCUGGCACCGUGUGGUGGGUCAUUCUCACCAUCACUUGGUUUUUGGCUGCAGGAAGAAAAUGGAGCUGUGAAGCCAUUGAACAAAAAGCAGUGUGGUUCCACGCGGUUGCCUGGGGAAUGCCUGGCUUUUUAACUGUCAUGCUGCUUGCUAUGAACAAAGUUGAGGGGGAUAAUAUUAGCGGAGUAUGCUUCGUUGGCCUUUAUGACCUGGACGCCUCUCGAUACUUCGUCCUCUUGCCUCUGGGCCUCUGCGUGUUUGUGGGGCUGUCUCUCCUCCUAGCUGGCAUCAUUUCCUUAAACCAUGUUCGACAAGUUAUACAACAUGAUGGCCGAAACCAAGAGAAACUGAAGAAGUUCAUGAUUCGAAUUGGAGUCUUCAGUGGCCUGUACCUUGUGCCCUUAGUGACCCUUCUUGGUUGCUAUGUCUACGAGCUAGUGAACAGGAUCACCUGGGAGAUAACUUGGUUCUCUGAUCAUUGUCGCCAGUACCGCAUCCCAUGUCCUUUUCAGGCAAACCCAGAAGCUCGACCAGACCUGGCUUUAUUUAUGAUAAAAUACCUGAUGACAUUAAUUGUUGGCAUCUCUGCAGUCUUCUGGGUUGGAAGCAAAAAGACAUGCACAGAGUGGGCCGGUUUCUUUAAACGAAACCGCAAACGAGACCCCAUGAGUGAAAGCCGGAGAGUGCUGCAAGAGUCCUGCGAGUUUUUCCUCAAGCACAACUCUAAAGUGAAACACAAGAAGAAGCACUACAAAGCAGGGUCACACAAGCUGAAGGUCAUUUCCAAGUCCAUGGGGACCAGUACGGGAGCCACAGCAGAUCACGGCACCUCUGCCGUGGCCAUCGCCGAUCAUGACUACUUAGGACAAGAAACUUCCACAGAAAUCCAAACCUCCCCAGAUGCAUCCAUGAAAGAGGUGAGAGCAGACAGAGCAAAGGAGCAGGACUGCGGGGAACCGGCUUCCUCAGCAGCGUCCAGUUCCAAGCUCUCCGGGGAACAGAGCGGCAGGAAAGGCCGAGCUGGCAGUGUGAAGGAAAAAACCAGCGUGUCGGAUGCGGCUCCGAGUGAAGGAAGGGUAAGUCCAAAGAGUGACCUCACUGAAACCGGCCUGGUGAAGUGCAGCAAUCUGCAGGUCCCCAGUUCUUCAGAACCGAGCAGCCCCAAAGGUUCCUCAUCUCUGCUCGCUCACCCAGCCUGUGGAGUUAGGAGAGAGCAGGGUUCUACCGGCCAUUCGGACACAUGAAGAAACAUUUUAUCUCGUCCGGAAGCAAAUUCGUAUUACACUGGAGAUGACAAUGCAUUUGUCUUUUAAAGAUACUGUUGAGCUGGGAAAGUGGUCACUCACCCAGAAUACCUGAGGACCUGAGUUCAUCACCCAGCACUGCAAAAAGAAAAAUCACUGUUACACUCUUUUUUUUGUGAACCAGCUUUGUCUACUGUCUAGUGUUUGUUUGUGUGUUUGUUUGUUUGUUUGUUUGUUUUGAGACAGGGAUUCUUUUUGUAGCCCUGGCUGUCCUGGAACUCACUCUGUGGACCAGAAAGAUCCGCCUGCCUCUGCCUCCUGAGUGCUGGGAUUAAAGGUGUACACCUCCACCACCUGGCUCUUUGUCUACUGUUAUACUGGAGGAAGAACAGGCUUCAAGAAUAAUACAAUGCAUUUAUACCUGAAAAAGCAGAAAUAUCCAGGUUAAUAAUAUCUUUAAACUGUGGGGGGUGGGGAGGCAUUAGAGGAAUCUUCUUUCUAUUUAUGAAGAUUCUUUCAUUAAAGUAUUUUAAGAUAUUUUAUGCUGUCCCACUCUUUUGAUAUAGAACCAGGAUUUUUCUUUGCUGAAGUAUUUAAAACUUAACAUUGUACUUUUACACACACACAUUACACACACACAAUAUGUGUAUGUAAAAAUACACUCAUGUAUUUGAACAUUUUUGAAAAUCCUGGAAAAUUGAUUAAAAUAUUUUUCUGAUGUUAUUCUAAUAUUUUAGCUACUUUGCUACUAUGGUAGCUGUUACACUGAAUUUUUAAGAAACUUGUAAAACAGCAUUCUUUGUAGUACAAAGAACAGGUAUUAUACUGAUAGGUUUGAUGAAGCAUUCAGCUUUCGAAGCCUGACCUCUGUAUUCGUGAGUUUUACACAUGUUGACAUCUGAAGAUCUCACAGGACUCUGAAAGGAGAAGCCUGUGGAGAUAGAGUCCUCCUUGAUUGUCCUGCCUCCUUGCCUUCUGCAUCUUAAAUUGGCAGGGGAAAUGUCAGUCUAUAAAUUAUGCCAAUCUAUUGAGUUCCUCUUUUACUUUUUAAAGUUUCAUGACCCCUCAAGGUUGAAUUAUGGCCUUAUGGCCAUUUAUAUUUAUAGUUCCUCAUUGCUCAUACUUUUUUUAAUCUUUUUUUUUUUUUUUUUUUUUUUUUGAGACAGGAUCUUACUAGGUAGCUCUUUCUAGCUGUCCUGGAACUCAGUAAACCAGGAUGGCCUUGAACUCAGAGUGCUGCCUGCCUCUGUCUCCCAAGUGAAGGCUUCAGCCACCACACCCAGCUUUCUCUCUCUUUUUUUUAAUUUAAACUUCAAUUUUUUUUAGAAUACUACAGACACAUUGUAUCUUUUUCAGAUGCUAUGCAAAAGUCAUGUCUAUACCUAAACGUUCAAAAGCAAGUGUGCUGACCACAGUAGAGAUUCAGAUGGGGGAAAUGUAACCUGGAUAAACAAAUGUAGUUUGAACAACACACAUAAAGAGAUUAAGGAAACCCUUUAAUUUUGUUUCUUAUUAAGUAUUAUUUUUUGAGCAAUGUUUUCUUGGAUGCUUUGGGCCUGUUGGAUCUUCUGCUAAAUUUUAAGUUAAAAUUAUCAUGUACUGUAUGGAAAAUGUCAUAAAUACUAACUUUUCCACAUUUGUAAACUUUGUACACAAGAACUUUUUUGUGUGACCUUUUCAUCAAUAAAAUUCUCUUUGUAUAAA